AUGACGCCUGAUCUUGACACCGAACUGCAACCGGGAGAAGAAAAAUCAAAGCCUCAACGCGCUAGUCCACCAGAGAAGCACCCCGGAGAAGAAAAAUCAAAGGGUCAACGCCCCAGUCCACCAGAUAAAUCAGAUAUCAAAGAGGCUGAUCAAGUCUUCGACAAGGAUGAAGAAAAAAAUUUGAAGCAGUUUGACUUUUACCAUGGAUUUUUGCCUCGUGAAGACUUAUACAUACUAGUGAAGUACGUUGGCGACUACCUACUGAGAGUUAGCGAGGUAAUCCUUUGUGCUAUCGUCUAUUAUGUCGAGACGACAAGCAGGCUUCUUAGGGUACAUGUAGACUAUGAGCUAACGAGCGAUAAUAUGCCCCCUGCAAAAUGA